AGCUGCGCAUGUGCGAGGAAGGGGACACGGUGGUGCCUCAGUGGCACUUUGGCAAAAAGUAACUUUCUGUAAGCGGUGAUGGAGCGGAACAGAGCUGCAGCCUCUUUGCGGGCCGAGUCCUCUUCAUUGAAACAGCAGAAGAAUAACAAACCCCGGUCAGCAGAGAAGAAGGUUCAGCCACACAGACCGAAUGGCAGCUUCACGCGCAGGGUGUUUGGAUUCAACUGGUCAGAUUUUUCCAGCUGGCAUCGCUUUGUUACACUAAUGAAUAGACCCACCGAUCCUGCAGGACUUGGUGUAUUCCGAUUCCUUUUUGGUCUGUUGAUGGUUCUGGACAUACCUCAGGAACGAGGCCUCAGUUAUCUGGACCAUAAGUAUUUGGAUGGGUUGGAUGUAUGCCGCUUCCCACUUUUUAAUUUCCUGCAGCCGCUGACUCUGGACUGGAUGUACCUAACAUAUGUCAUCAUGCUUCUUGGUGCACUGGGGAUUACCCUGGGAUGUUUUUACCGCCUAAGCUGCCUCCUUUUUCUCCUGCCAUACUGGUAUGUGUUUUUCUUGGACAAAACGUCCUGGAACAACCACUCUUAUCUUUAUGGACUGAUUGGGUUCCAACUCACGCUGCUUAACGCCAACCGUUACUGGUCUAUAGAUGGUUUACUAAAUCCCCGCAAGCGAAAUGCACAUGUCCCACUUUGGAAUUACACCUUGCUCAGGACACAGAUUUUUAUUGUGUACUUUAUUGCUGGUAUCAAGAAGCUGGAUGCUGAUUGGGUUGAAGGUUAUUCAAUGGGGUCUCUGUCUCGACAUUGGCUGUUCGACCCUUUCAAACUGAUCAUGUCAGAGGAGAUGACCAACCUUGUCAUUGUGCACUGGGGAGGCCUUAUUCUGGACCUGACAGCCGGUUAUCUGCUCUUCUUUGAUGUCACUCGCCCCGCAGCCUUGUUUUUUGUCUCUUAUUUCCACUGCAUGAACUCACAGCUCUUCAGUAUUGGCAUGUUCUCUUACACCAUGUUGGCCACAAGCCCAUUGUUUUGCUAUCCUGACUGGCCUCGUCGACUUGUGGCUAAGUCACCGUCCUGCCUGCACUGGCUUCUGCCCGCCACACAGCCCCCACAGGAGAGUGCGGCCUGUGUGUACCCAGGACGCAAAGGCAAAUCACACUCCAGAUUGCGCCAUAAAAUAGGAGCGGCCUUCACUGUGCUCUACAUAAUAGAACAGCUGUUCUUGCCGUAUUCACAUUUUAUUACACAGGGUUACAAUAACUGGACAAAUGGCUUGUAUGGUUACUCGUGGGAUAUGAUGGUUCACUCCCGAUCACACCAACAUGUAAAAAUAACCUAUAAAGAUGGAAUAACUGGGGAAAUUGGGUAUCUUAAUCCUGGGGUGUUUACCCAGACACGACGCUGGAAGGACCACGCAGAUAUGUUGAAGCAGUAUUCUGUGUGUCUUCAUGGUCUUUUGGGGGCGUAUAACAUUUCUGAGCCUGAGAUCUACUUUGACGUGUGGGUUUCAAUCAAUGACCGGUUCCAGCAGAGGCUGUUUGACCCCACUGUGGACAUUGUGAAAGCUGAUUGGUCACCAUUCCAUAGAACACCUUGGUUGAAACCCCUUCUGGUUGACCUUUCACCUUGGAGGGCAAAAUUCCAGGAGGUGGAGGACUCACUGGACAAUCAGACAGAUGUGGUCUUCAUUGCAGAUUUCCCAGGCCUGUACCUAGAGAAUUUUGUUAGUGAAGACUUGGGCAACACCAGCAUACAGGUUCUUCAAGGAGAGGUCAAUGUGGAGAUUGUGAAGGAUGCAAAAAACUUUACACUGAAAGAAGGAGAGCGAAUGCAGCUCCCGGCUGGUGAGUACCACAAAGUUUUUACCGUGUCUCCAGGACCCUCGUGUUAUAUGUACAUUUAUGUUAACACUACAGCCGUGACAUUGGAACAGAAGCUCACUCGCCUGCGAGAACUAAAGGAGAAGGUGGAGAACGGAAGUGAGACCUCUCCACUGCCUCCAGAGUUGCAGCCUCUUCUAUCUGGAACAGUAGAUGAUGUCAGUUCUGCUGAUCCUCUAGUUGUCGCUUACUUACGCAGGGAGAUGCGAGUGGCAGAGGCUGAGAGGAGGCGCAACGCAACAAUAAUACAGAGAUUUGAGCGUUUUGUCAACAAGAAAUACUACAUGAUGAGACGGAGUUUCCUCAUGACUGCCAUUGCAUUGCGGAACCUUGUGUUGGGACGACCCUCACUGGAACAGCUGGCACAGGAAGUUGCUUUUGCAAACAUUAAGUAUGAGGAUACAAGCAGAGAGAGUAGAAAAGAACAUCCCAGAGAGCAUGAACACUCAGAUUUGUGAAAAAAAAAAGUUAAAAGUUAAAU